GUUCGUCUUCAUCUGUCAUAUUUGUCAACAAGAAUUCUACGAACUUCAACAGCUUACUGAACAUACACUGAACACCCAUGAAGGCAAAAUCAGAUGUAAUAUAGGUGUUUGCAAAAGGGUGUAUAGUACAUUUGCAAAACUAUGUAACCAUAUUCUUGCACGUCAUUAUAAUAAGAAAUAUGUAUCAGCUUUGGCCUGUACAAUUUGUGGCAAGAAUUUUGAAAAUAAAUCACUUCGAGAAAGACAUGAGAAACAAACUCACCUUAAAGAAUCAUGUUACAUUUGUAGUACUUGCAAAUCUGGAUUUUCAUCAAGGUCAAGCUAUAAAAGACAUUAUAUCAAAAAUACAAAGUGUUUUGAUAGUAGACCUGAACAUUUUAAAUACCAUAUCUGUGAUAUUUGCGGAAUGAUGUUCAUAUGUAUGGCUGAUUUAACUCGUCAUCGUGGCUUUAAGCAUACCACCAGUAUGGAGUGUCACAUCUGUCAAAAAACACUCCCAUCACAGUUAAAACUAGCUCGGCAUAUGGAGGUAUGCCAUAAUAAGAAUCUCCAGUGUAGUUAUUGUGGGAAGGCGUUUGGAACGGCAGAUAUUCUUAGGAGCCACAUGCGGAUUCAUACUGGAGAGAAACCUUAUAAAUGUGACUUAUGUGAUAUGUCAUUUACACACACUGGAAGUUUAUCUAAACAUAAGCAAUCUAAAGGACACAUUGAAAAUUCUCUCAAGAUAAAGAUCCAUAGGAAACCAAUAGUGUAAGACAUAUGGUACUAUGUAAGCUAUGGGUACCCAGUACUAUAUUAGGGAUAUUGAGAAGUUUUAAAAGUUAACCUGAUUAAACUUUCAGUUUUUUUGUUAGUGAUUCACUAUUCUUAGAAUCAAUUCUUGACGUUCCUUGUUAUUUAGCAUAAUUAUAAGAUACAUGUAGACAGUUUAGUUCUUUGAUUGGCUAAUGAAUAAUUUAUACUGUUACAGUGUAUAUAUAUGUAUGUGCAUAUAGUACAUGCACUUGUAAAGCAAAAACAUGUCAAUAAAAUCAAUUCAU